AUGGCUGGAAGAAACGAUGCCGCUAUUGCUGCUGCUUUGGAAGCUUUGGCUCAGGCUGUGCAGCAACAGCCUAUCGCUGGUGGAAAUGAUGGAUCUCGUGUGUUAGAGACUUUCCAGAGGAACCACCCACCUACGUUUCGAGGAAAGCAUGACCUUGAAGGAGCACAAGAGAAGUUCCUAGUGAAGUACUACCCGGAAGAUGUCCGCGGCAAGAAAGAGAUUGAGUAUCUAGAACUGAAACAGGGAGAAAUAUCAGUGACUGAGUAUGCUGCCAAGUUUGUGGAAUUGGAAAACUACUAUCCUCAUUACACCAAGGAGACUGCUGAGUUUUCGAAGUGUGUCAAGUUCGAAAACAGGUUACGUUCAGAAAUCAAGAAGGCAAUCAGCUAUCAGCGAAUCUGUAAGUUUCCGGACUUGGUGAAUUGUUGCAAAAUUUAUGAGGAAGAUAGUAAGGCUCACUAA